GAAGGAGAGCAAGGGCAGGAUUGAUUUACUCGCUGUAUUGGUAAAUAUGACCACGUGAUCCAUGUAACCAAUCCCUGUAGAUGCAGGCCAGCAAAAAUACUAUGAUUGUUCAUAGAGGGAAGCUUCCCGUAACAGUGCAACCCAUAUUAUAUGAGUAGGAAGAGAUCAAAAAUGUCUUCCAGUGGCACUCUCAGUAACUGCUAUGUGGACGCUAUCAUGGGGCAGGAGCCGGAGGAUGUGUACGGUGCGCGCUUUAUCCAGGCUCCACACACGAUGACCCCGAGGCCGUCAGGUGCUGGGGACAACGCAGACUUCUCCUCGUGUAAUUUUGCACCAAAGUCCGCCGUUUUCUCCUCGUCCUGGUCCUCGGUUCACCCUCAGGGGAUCUACCACCCGUACGUGCACCAUCACCACCACCACCAGUCCCAUCUGCCCGCGUCGGACGGCAGAUAUGUUGGCGUGCGCUCCUGGAUGGACCCCAUCUCCAACCACGUUUCCUUCGCCGGAUUCCACCCCGGCAGUCGGCCGUACGGGACAAAGCCGGAGGUCCUGCCGGCGAAACAGGCAACAGAGUGCGACUCGCUGGAAGCAGAAGCUCGGCCGCUCGCCGGUGAAUUCGCUUGUGGAGUAUCGGAGUGUCCAGAAAAGGCGACGAAGGAGCACAGUGGAAGCGAGCUUUCGAGCCACAGUGAGCCCAAAGAGGAGAAACAACAACAACUUGACCCAAACAACCCUGCAGCAAACUGGAUUCAUGCACGCUCAACGAGAAAGAAGCGGUGUCCCUACACAAAAUAUCAGACUUUAGAGCUGGAGAAGGAGUUCCUCUACAACAUGUAUCUGACAAGAGACCGGCGCUAUGAAGUGGCCCGCAUACUCAGUUUAACGGAGAGACAAGUGAAGAUCUGGUUCCAGAACAGGAGGAUGAAAAUGAAGAAGAUGAACAGAGAGAGGAGCAGCAAGGAGCAGCUAUAAGCUCGCUGCUGGUGCCAUUUUACGCAUUCUGACGUUUGCACCAAGGAAGCCAUGUGAACAAUUCAAUUUCUUUUGGUAGGAGCCUCCGUAGCCAUUUGACUUUUAUUGUUUUUUUUUUUUUUUUUUUUAGAUAUCCUAUAACAUAAAGUGUCAGUGCCAUUGGGCAAAUAUGCCUCACGCAUGGAGGAAUUUGCCUUGAUGUGACACAAGACAAGCUCUGUCCAGUAGUGUCCUGAAUUUUAUUUUAUUUUUUACAAUUUUACGCAAACUGGGAUGUUGACGCAGCAGAAACGUGCCUCUUGCUUUUCUAGUUAUUAAGGAUUUGGAGUUGUAUAUAAAACAUUUUCACAGCAACUGCAUUGACUGCUGUCUGUGUCAGUACACAAACACACACACAGAGACACACACACGGGAUUUUCUUAUCACAAACACACUCGUUCACUGACUUUAAAGAAGCGUUUAACGAUGAGGUGUAUUGGGAAACUACGCGUGUGUUUAACAAACCAAAGUAAGAUGGUAAAUUUAAUUUUAAGCACCACUAAACACAGAAAAUACAGGUGGGGAAAAAUUCAGAUGUUUCUGGAUUAUUGGCGGGUUGCUUCAUUUAAAUUUUCUUUUUUUUAAUUCCAAAAAAAUAUCCACCGAGGCCCCUUUUUACGCAAAGGCUGCUCCAGCUUUAGGAGCCGUGUAUGACAUAAAUAUUUAACCCUGUUUCAUUUUCUCAUUAGCACUGUUACAUUUCGCUUUUCUGUUGUCUUUCCUUUAUUAUUUUGUAACGGUGGGAUUUAAAAACGUAGAAUUACAAGUAAUAAAGUGUUUACGAUUGGGA